AUGAAGUUUUCUGUUUUAGUAUUACUUGCCAGUUACUUAGUUGGUGUGAAUUCUCUGAUUGUUGAUACUUCAGAGGAAUUAAUUUGUCCAGAUCCAGAAAACCCUUUAGAUUGUUAUCCAAAAUUGUUUGUUCCAACAAACGAGUGGCAAACCAUUAAACCAGGUCAAGAUAUACCACCUGGGUUACACGUUAGAUUAAAUAUAGAUACGUUGGAAAAAGAGGCCAAGCUAAUGAGUGCUGACGAAAAAGACGAGCCAGUUCAAGAAGUAGUUGUUGGUGGCGAAUUGCAGGAUCAUUCGAGGGAAGCCAUCACUGAGAAUCUACAAAAGUUGCAUGAGCUGAAACAUCCUGAAGUAAAACAGGAGCACGCUCAUCGUACAAAGGUUAGCCAGGGAGAUUUGAGUAAUUUUGACGCAGCUUGUCUGGAAAUUGAGAGUUUCAAGCCACAUGAGAGUGAUGUGGAAAGGUUGCAUUUGGCACUAGAUACUUUAGAGGAAUUAAGUCAUGAUAUCGAAUUUGGGGUGAAAUUGACCUCAGACAAAGCCAUAUUUCAGAGUCUUGUCAACAUUGCCAAUGGUGCUUCUGAUCCAAAAAUAACCGAAAAGGUAUAUCGUGUAAUGGGGUCUAGUUUGAGAAAUAAUCCUGAAGCGAUUAGUAAUAUCUUGACCAACUUCGACAAGAGCUAUGUGGAUAAUUUGUUUGAGCAAUUAGCGAAUGAAAAUGAUGUUCUACAAAAGAGGAUUUUGGGUAUAAUUCAAGCUUUAGUCCAAAAUAGCCAUUUUGUAAGACAAUAUUUUUCAUUUGACCACAGUUCCGGGUUAAAUGAUUUAAUAGCGAUUUUUCCCAAACUUGGUCCAAACUCAAAGUCCAGGGCAAGUAACAUUUUAGAGGAUUUACAAUUGUUCCCAGUAACAAACGAUAGAAGAUCACUUGAAGAUCAAGAUCCUGAAUCACAGGUUUCAAAAUUUAUUCAGAAUUCCUUUGUUGGAAAUAAACUUGACGAGAAGAAUUUCAAGUCUUAUUUUGAUCAACUAGUAAAUUUGCAUCAGCUGAAUAAGAGUUUGCGACCAAGUGGUGACUUUCUCAAUUGGUUAGCUGAAGAAGUGGAGUCGCGUAAAGAGAAUAAAAAAAGAGACGAUUAUUCACAAGAAGACAAAGACUUUGAUGAGUACAUGUUGCGAGCACGUCAUGAAGUAUUUGGCAAUCCAAUGGGAUUAAGAAAGGCAAUUGCCGACGAGUUGUAG